CCGGAGGAUAGAGCACAUCUGCCGAGCAAGAUGAAACGUUCGUCCAAGAGUUAUGAGUCUCGGGUCUGAUAGCGGCUGUUCCGAGUAUGGAACCGUGCCGCCAUUAUGCUGUGAUCCAUUCCACGAGUCGCCUGUUCUCGCACCCCUGUUCUCCGCGUCGUCAAUUCUGGAUGAGGCCCGCAAUCUGCCGCUGCCGCCGAACAACAGCGACCCUGGAGAACAGUGUAGUGCUUGGCAGCCCUCGAACCCGUCGAACUUCGGGACCGUCGUUAUCAGCCCAACCCCUGGCCAUCUCUCCCCGCCGGGAGCCGACGAAACGAUGCCUCACGACUUUCCACCGCCAAGGUUCAACCAAAAGCUGCCCUUGAUCCAUGGGGUAAUUGACAACGGGGAUACGAUACCCAAGGCGCUAGGAACACCGAAGCGACUCUCGUCUCGCUUCGAUAUUUCCAUCUACAGAGCGCUUGAGUAUCUUCCAGGUUUCCGACGGCGGGAGCUGUUCAUGCAAAAGAUCAACCAGUGCAAUAACAUCUUCGGAUUUAACGACGCGCGACAUGUUCUAUAUGAGCUCCUCGACUAUAUUGCUAACAACAGGCAAGUCAUCACGGGGUCUAUGUACCCGAGGGCGGUCCAUAUGUUCGCCAGGAAUCUCUUCCGCCCCAAUGAACCCCCAAUAUGAGAUAUUCGAUCCAGAGGAUGAACCAGUUCUUGAGGUUGCUUGGCCGCAUAUCCAGGUCGUCUACGAGUUUUUCCUACGCUUCAUCGAGAGCCCGGAUUUCAAGACGAAUAUUCCCAAGGCCUACACCAACUACAGCUUCGUGCUUCAGCUUUUGCAGCUAUUUGAUUCCGAAGAUCCCCGACCGAUGCGCCUGGCUUGAGCUUUUUAAGACGCCCACCAUCCCUGCUCAUCCUACUCGACCUCCUCGGUCUACUCCUCCUCGGUCUCCUUUAGUCGUCAUGAUUCCAGAGACGCGAGUCCCACCUCUGCGACAGGCCACUCCUCAACCCGAAGCAC